AGGUGCUGUGAGAUUGACGAGUCAAAAGACUGGCGCAAGUAUUAUGUCAAACAGCCCAAUGCACUCUGGCACAUGGACAGCCAUCACAAACUAAUUCGAUGGGGGAUUGUAGUUCAUGGAUUUAUCAAUGGCUUUUGCAGAAUGGUAAAUAUAUGUUUUGUGUGCUUGUAA